UUUUUUUCCCUUAACAUCACAAAUAAUAGGGCAGGAGACCCACAUCAUAAUUCACAUUCACAUGUCAAAACCUUAACUCCAAACUUUCCAUUCCCAUUUUCCAUCUUUGAAAUGACCCUUUGUAUGGAUUCCGACUCUGCCGCAGAAAAUAUGAAAGAGUUACAAGAAGAAGGUAACUACGUCUUCAAAGAAGAGAUUCAUUACACAGUUCUCAAAACCUCUCUCUUCUUCUCCGGCGAUGGUUUCACCGUCUAUGAUUCUCAUGGUCAACUCGUUUUCAGAGUUGACUCAUAUGGACCUGAUUCUCGUGACCUAGAUGAGCUUGUUCUAAUGGAUCCCGACGGUCGUUGUCUCCUCACUGUUCGCCGGAAGAGGCCGAGUCUACAUCAACGGUGGGAAGGCUUUAAAGGUGAAAGAAGAGACGGUGAUAAACCUACCUUCAGUGUGAAGAGGUCAUCUAUGAUCGGACGAGCACGUACUGGAGUAACAGUGGAGGUGUACGAUAACCCUGGUGAGGAGUACCACAUUGAAGGUUGCUUCUCUCAACGUUGUUGCACGGUUUUUAACGGAAUGAAGGAAAACGUAGCUGAGAUUCAUCGCAAAGUGGACCCCACCACAGGUGUUAUGCUUGGAAAAGAAGUGUUAUCUCUUUGUGUUAAGCCUGGUUUUGACGCUGCCUUUGCUAUGGGAUUCGUUCUCGUCCUUGAUCAAAUCAACGGUGAUGGUUCAAUUGGUGAUGAUGCAACUGCGGAGCCUACGGUACACCCUACUACAGAAGAAUAAAUUACUCUGGGUUUUGUUUAAUUUAAUUUAACCUACUAAUCUUUGGAGUGUCCCUCACGAAGGGGAGUUGGAUCCACUACUCUAGAUCUCUGCCCCUUCUUUUCAGUUUUCUAUGUGAUCCUGUAAAUUUUAUUUUAUUCGAUUCAUAAAAAUACACAUCUACAUUAAAGUUGAGAGGUUAUCUAAACUUUUGAGUAUAAUUAAAAAAAGGUUAUCUGAACUUGAGAAAACAAAUUCAAAGGUUAUCUAUUCUGCAUGAAUUAUCACUUUUAUGAA